AUGGCUGCAGAAACGGCUGCGGGUAUGGCAGGCCAGGUGACUUCAGAGACGUCUUUAAACGCAGCUACUGCUGCCGUCCUAGCGAACGUGACUCAAACAGACGGGGCAUCAGCGAAGGCGGUGACGCCGGCAUCGGCGGGAGUGGAGUUAGCGGCGGCUUCGGCUGCGGUGCCGGCCGCUUCGGCAUGCCCGUUAGAAGACGCGGAAACUGCAGCACGGACCGAUGCGCAUGCGUCCGCGCAAAUUCUCACGACAACCGAUAACGAGAGAAGGGUCGAGUCGGCAACGGCGAACAUGCAAGAAGGGUCGAGCUCGUCCGUAAGUCUUCCGAACAACGGCGUACCGGCUUUAAUCUCCGUAGAAACAACACCGACCUCCAGUGAGCCGUUACCCGCUUCUUCCUCCCCGUCAGUUGCGGAGCCUCUCGCGCCUGACGACGUUGCCGCGCGCGCAGAUGCGCCUGCGCCCGACCGCGCAACGACAGCUGCUGCGCCUGCGCUUCCGGUCGCUGCACCGGACGAAGCGGCGGACCAGGUUCCGCCGGCCGGUACGCCGAAAGACGCCCUCUCCGCGGCGGCGGCGGCAGGGGGCGCUGGCGGAAAGGGGAAGAUGGCGCGGUGGCGGGGGAAGAAAGAGAUCGUGGUCGGGCGGCAGGCGGUGCGGCGCCCGCGGGUAGGCGGCGGACAUAGCGGCACGUGGGACGUAACUCAGGGCGCACCGGGAAAGGACCCCCACCAGCAGCAGCAGCCUACUAUGCAGUUCACUUACCGCUUUAACGUCGGGAAGAAACUAGGAGAGGGAGGCUACGGGCUCGUCGAGACGUGUAGCGAUACGACGGGGGAGCUCGGCGCGGGGCCGCUAGCCGUUAAAACCAUUUCCAAGGAGGCGCUUUACGCGGACUGUCAGCGGCUCGAGGACUUCGAGGCGCGCCGCAUCGCGUUGGCGCGCGAGGUGGAGGUAAUGAAUCGCGUGCGCGGGCACGAGCACGUGGUGCAAGUUAAGAAGGUAUAUAACAACAGCGAGCGGUUGCGUGUCGUCAUGGAGAUGUGCGAAGCGGGUAACCUUCUAGAACACCUCGCGGCGCGGAUCGAGCUCCUAAGGCAAGAGCGAGGAAGCUUCGGCAGCGUCGGCGGGUUCUUCGGCUCCAGCGGCGGCGGCGGCGGCGGCAUCGGCGGGUUCGUGUUCGGCAGUGGAGGCGGAAGCAGCGGCAGCGGCGGCGGAGGCGGGCGGGGCGCGCGCGGCGGGCGCGGGCCGUGGGCGGGCGGGCUCCCGGAGAACGAAGCGGCGGUACUGUUUAAACAGCUAGUGGAGGGGAUCGCGUUCUGCCACCGGCGGCGCGUGCUGCACCGCGACGUGAAGCUGGAAAACGCGCUGCUCGCGCUGCCCACGGGGCGGCCCGCAGAGGCGGACGACCUGGAAGCGGAACUGCGCAUGGUCUCCGCGGACAUGGCGCACGGGGGGAACGAUGCGGCGAGGGGGGGAACUUGGGGAGCGGGUGGGAAUGGGCGGGGGCAAGGAGACGAGGGGGUGCAGUCGGGGGGGAACACAACGCCUACUACAGCCAGUCCGCACCAGCGCCACCACCACCACCACCAUUUCAAUCUCUUCAAUAUCCUUCCCCAGGGCGCGCGGUCCCCAGCGCCCAAAUCCCCCGCUGCUGAUAAGUCCCCCAGGCUAAAAUUUCCUGAUAACUUGCCUCCUGCUGCCGCUGCUGCUGUGGGCGCGUUUGCGCGCUCCGCCUCCGCGCCAGGACCCCCACCCAAAUCCCCCAUCAACGCGCGCCCGCCGCGCUCCCCGCGCCUCGCCGCGCCCAUCCCGCCGUCCCCCUCGGAAUCCUCCGCGCCCUCCCCCGCCGCGAUCGCCGCCGCCGUGUCCGCCGGGUCGUCCGCCGUCUCCCUCGGCCUCGUGGUGAAGCUAGCAGAUUUCGGGUUUGCUAUGGUGCUUCGGGAUGGGGAAACAGCCUCGGGAACAUGUGGCACUCCUGGUUACAUGGCUCCUGAGUUAGUAUCCGAGGAGAAAUAUUCCUUUCCGGUGGAUAUCUGGAGCCUAGGGGUUGUCCUGCACGCGUUACUCUUUGGCGAGUUACCGCAUUACCGCGAGCCGCGCGACGUGGUCACCGAGGGUGUGCCGCGCCCGUCUGCCCGGAAAUGGAAAGUUAUUUCGGAAGCUGCCCAUGAGCUGCACCAAUCAAUUCUCCAGCUGGACCCCUCCAAGCGGCCGACGGCAGCAGAGAUUUUAAAGCACCCAUGGUUUGAGCAGGCUGAGGCGGCGCUGAUGGCGGGUGAAGCGGCAGAGGCAGGGGGGGGAGCAGCGGGGGACAGAGACGGGGCAAUCGGCGCUAAGAGCGGGCGAGUGAAGAGUGCUAGAGCAGCGAGCGGGAGGGUGAAAUCUGGACGGAAUAUGGACUUUCUGGGGAUGAAGGCGGGUGGGGGGAAGGAGGGCGCAGGAGGAGGAGGAGCUGAGGGGGACGAUAAGGGAUCGGUGUCUUCCCCUCCUGCUUCUCCGCGCGUGCUGGUGCUUAGGCUGAAGCUGGGAGCCAGGAAUCUGGCUCUUAGAUUUAAGUCCUCUCUCGACUCGGUCAACCGCCAGUUUGUACAAAGACUGGUGUUUAGAUGA